CAGUUAAAACGUUAAACGUUGCGGUGCUUUCGUAAAAGCUGAACUGUGAACUGGUUCGAAACGCGUCGAAAACGGAAAACAACUAGACAAGAAAAAAUAAAUAAACGAAUUGAUUAAAAAUUGGAAAAAAAGAAAUGAAAUCAAAAUAAUAAAUAUAUAAAACAAAUGACAAUAAAUAAGUCAAGGUGUUUAAAAUGAAAAAGUAAACAAUAAUAGUAGAAAGGAGAAAUGUGUGAAUAAAUAGUGAAAUAAAGAUUUAUAGCUUCAUUGUCAUAUAAAAAUACGCGCACAAAAUGUUUUCUUAUAAAACCCAUUUCAGUGCUGUUAUCAGUAUUCUUGUGUUCGUGUGGAUCAACCAAGCUUUAACAUACCCCACCGACGAUUCCAGGAAGUGUAAUUGUAUUCUCUUAAAAAACUGUGAGACCUUUAAUGAAUUCAUAGAUCUCUCAACCGAUAUACCAUUCAUUACGAAUAUAAUUAAACAAGCCAUCUGUGACUUUGACGGAACAAACAUUUUCGUCUGUUGUCCUCCGAGAAUUCCCAAUAAAAGACAUGCAAAGGGAAAUCCAAAAUUAGAUUAUUUAGAUGAAUUGACUGGCCUAAAUUGCCCGCCGUCCUUUGGUGAAGAGUACAACUAUGAUGAAUACUUAAAACAGCAUCCGGAAGAUGAUAGUGAAGGAGACGACAGCUAUAAUUCCAAUAAGAAAGAGGGGUCCGAUAAAAGAGAAAAAGUCGAUAUAAAUGGAAUUCUCUGCACUCAAUCUAACAAUUGUGGUCGUUUUAAAUUUCCCACUGACGACAGUCCAACUUAUCCAAGGCCAACGCCACAUCCAGACUAUCAAGGAUAUGAUCAUAAUUUUAAUGCACCACUUUAUCCCUUCCAUCAUCAUCAUCACCACCAUCACUAUCAUGGUCAUGAUGAUGAAGAUUACAAUGUGCCACAUCGCAAUAAGGAACACACUUUUGUUGUAUCAACGACCACACCCUUUCCAUUGCCAACAAAUUCACAGUCUCCAGAUUGUGGUAAAUUGCCAAAGGGCCAAAGUUCAGAAGUUUAUCCAUGGAUUGUUAGACUAGCAUAUUUAAAUACAACUAGCCGAACUGUACGUCAUCGUUGCCUGGGUACAAUAAUUACUAGACAGCACAUCUUAACCGCAGCCCAUUGUGUAGAUAACUUGGUGAGAGAUUUAAGACUUAUUUACGCUCGUGUUGGAGAUGAUACUAACUUUCAAGAUUUUAAAAUAAUCGAGACCACAAUACAUCCUGCCUACAAUGAUCCAUUAUUCAAUAAUGAUGUUGCUCUUGUCCGAUUGGCCAAGACACACAAUGCAAAAAUACCAAUUGUACAAAUUUGCUUACCUCAAAACGAUAGUGAAAUAGCGAUGGGCAAUACAGGUAUUGUGGCCGGUUGGAGUGAUAAUGGAAUUUCCAAUGUUGCCAGUUCUAAGGUGCGCUACAUAAACCUACCCGUUCUAAAUAAUACAGAAUGUGCCAUACGUUACGCCAAAUACAGUGAAAACUUUGAAAAUAGCAUUGUGAUAACUCCAAGCGAGUUUUGUGCUCAAUCGGAAGCCAAAAGGGAUGUGUGUGAAGGUGAUAGUGGUGGACCAUUUAUGAAUCGUUCGAGAAGUGGUCGAUAUACCCUCUUAGGUAUUGUCGCAUUUGGCCCCAAAACAAAUUGUGGGCAAUCUAAUUUGCCGGGAGUAUAUAUGCGCGUUAGUUCAUAUGUUGAAUGGAUUCAACAAAAUAUUGCAUAAAUUUUAAUAAACUAGAAAUUAACUAUAUUAUUUAAGAAAAGUACAAUAAUGAAAAGUUUAGAAAUGAAAUUAAACAACAAUAAUAAUAUAA